AUGAGAUAUCGAAUUUACGGUAAGGUAAGUAGUAGUACAGAAAAUUUUGUUAAAUGUGUGUCCAACCAAUCUUCUUCACUCGAUACUAAAACCUCCCAAUAUGUGUAUACACCCCAAUGCCCAUCAUAUUCCAAUCUCUUGAACUCUUCGGUGCACAAUCCAAGAUGGAUAAAUUCUGUUAAUCAAAGGCCCAAAUUCAUCGUCGCACCAACUAACAACGACCAAAUCCAAGCCGCCAUAACAUGUGCCCGGGCCCACGGCUUCGGAAUAAGGGUCCUAAGCGGGGGCCACGACUACGAGGGCCGGUUUUAUAGGUCAAAGAGCCGAUUUGUGCUCAUUGACCUAGUCAACCUCAAUUCCAUCACCAUCAACAUAGACGACGAGACGGCCUGGGUCCAGGCCGGGGCCACAGUUGGCGAAUUGUACUACAACAUCGCCAACAAGAGCAAAACCCACGCCUUCCCCGCGGGGCUAUACCCUAGCGUGGGCGUGGGGGGCCAGUUUAGCGGCGGCGGCAUUGGGACGCUAAUGCGUAAAUACGGCCUAGCGUCCGACAACAUCUUGGACGCAAAAAUCAUGAAUGUAGAAGGCGAGGUUCUGGAUCGGGAAUCGAUGGGCAAGGAUCUUUUCUGGGCCAUCCGAGGAGGGGCGGGGCCAGCUUCGGCGUCAUACUUGCGUGGCGGAUCCGGCUCGUCCGAGUUCCUCCCGUGA